AUGACGGUAUUUGAACUCUUUGCCUCUUUGGUGGAUAGCCCAAGCAUCCCAUGGAAAUCUAUAAUUACUGGUUUUUGCAUCAGUCAAUUUGCAUUUGAGACAUAUCUAACCUAUAGACAAUACAAAGUUCUUCAAAAGAAUCAACUACCACCUGUUCUAGUUAAUGAAAUUGAUAAGGAAACCUUUGAAAAGUCCCAAGAAUACUCCAAGGCUAAGGCCAAAUUCUCAGUAUUCACUGAUCUGUUUUCGCUAGUCCAAAAUUUGGCGUUUAUUAAAUAUGACUUUCUACCAAGAUUAUGGCAUAUCGGUGUGAAAGUCAGUGCUCGUAUACUACCUGCCAAAUAUGCUGCUGUGUCAACAAUUGCUCAAAGUUUAUGGUUCUUGGCUGUUUUGUCUAAUCUGUCAACGAUUAUUGGCUUGCCAAUCUCAUACUAUAAGCAUUUUGUGCUUGAAGAGAAAUUUGGUUUCAACAAAUUGACUGUAAAGCUGUGGAUAACUGAUAUGAUAAAGAGCACUGUCUUAAGCGCUGCAUUUGGUAUUCCUAUCUUAUUUGUCUUUUUGAAAAUUUUUGAGAAAUUCCAAACUAAUUUCUUGUGGUACAUUUGUCUAUUUGUUUUUGUUGUUCAGAUUUUGGCUAUCACUAUAAUUCCAGUUUUCAUUAUGCCAUUGUUUAACAAAUUCACUCCACUAGAAGACGGUGAAUUGAAGACAUCAAUAGAAAAUUUGGCUGCUAAGGUUGGCUUUCCACUAGACAAGAUCUUCGUAAUAGACGGUUCAAAGAGAUCAUCUCACUCAAAUGCUUACUUCACCGGUUUACCUUUUACUAAUAAGAGAAUUGUCUUAUUUGAUACCCUAAUCAAUGAAAGUUCUGUGGAAGAAAUCACAGCUGUUUUGGCACAUGAAAUAGGUCACUGGCAAAAGAACCAUAUUGUCAACAUGCUGUUCAUUAGUCAAGUGCACAUUUUUGCCAUCUUUUCAUUGUUUACCAGUGUUUACCGUAACGUUUCUUUCUACAAGACCUUUGGUUUCAACGUUGGAUUCAACGAGAUUUUAAAUGCUGCAGGAAGUUCUACCACUGUGUAUACCCCUGAUUUCCCAAUUAUUAUUGGUUUCAUGCUAUUUAAUGAUCUUUUGACACCAAUGGAAUGUGGUAUGAACUUUGUCAUGAGCUUGAUCUCCAGACUUCACGAAUAUCAGGCAGAUGCUUAUGCCAAAGCACUAGGAUAUACUCAAAACUUGGGUAGAGCCUUGAUUAAUUUGCAAAUCAAGAAUCUAUCCACAAUGGAUGUUGACCCAUUAUACUCAAGCUAUCAUUAUUCUCAUCCAACAUUAGCUGAAAGAUUAACUGCUAUCGACUUUGUUAAUGAGAAGAAGAAAGAAUGA